AUGCAUGGAGUUGAGAUGCGUUGGAAACGAAAAGCUCCUCUCUUCCAUGAUGUGCGUGUUCUAGAGCUACAAUGCAGCGGUAUCAAUUGGUAUGCUCUAGUCGAAGGGUGAAGGGCAGGGAGGCCCGGUAGCAACUCCUAUCCAUCCAAGACGGUUUUAGCCGAAGCAGGAGCAGCAGCAAAUGAGUGCUCCCUAACUCCCUAACCACCCCUGUCGUCGACGUUGCAACAGGGAAGACAAGAAUCGAAUCGAGCUCUUGGCUUCUCAUCAUCCCUGUAGAGACCUGGCAGAUUCAUCUUGUAGAUUUUGAGUGGAUUUCAACUACCACCGAGGGGGGAUGGCGCCACCUCAAAUGAGCUUGAAACCUUUGCUCUAUCUGCUUGAUGCUUCUUCACUUUGAUUGACAACCAACCUGGGGUGUGAAAUGUACAAGCGCUGGUGACGUUCCAGAGACAUGAAUGCUAAGGAAAGCUAAGUGCGACAAUAUCAUUUAUAGACAGCUGGGCAUGAACGGAAAACAAGCUACUUCCGUCUGCUUUGUAGCUGAAAGAGAAUUUGAAAUGCAGUAUCACGUAGAAAACCAAAUGCUGGUCAAUGGCAACAUAUGCGGCAGGGUUGCCAACAACUCUCUAUAGUCAUCUUCAUUGCAACAAUCAUGGCUACAGCUUCUGAACACACGCAAUGGUGGCACUCGCGUUAUUGCAUGACACUGCUGGUACAAGACCAGCACCGCCUCCGACCAGAUGGGUCCGCAAAUCAGAAACAGCAACAACAGACUCUUUUUCAUCGACAGAUAUUGAUAGGGUCCCAUUGAAGGCAUUUCCUGCUGACAAAUCAAGGGUCAUGGUGACACAUGAUCGUCCCUGAUUGCCAAACACAGCAGCUUCUCCCAGUGGUCUACCAAACCGUCCGUUGGAACACUCAUGUCCAUUGUACCCAAGCACACCCCAACAACCUUGUUGAAUACCACACAGCGCCGUUGGCCUGAUACAAUGGGCAGAUUUUGUAACACCAAGCCAAACAUACGAUUCUUCAUCAACAUUGGUGGUGGUCGUGAUCGUCCAGCGAUACUUUUCACCAACUUGAAAGAUAACUCCAUUGAUAGCAUCACUUCUCCAAUGAUUGUCUAAGGAAGCGAAAACUUUGGAUUUGCUUCCCUUCCACUCAACUGGAACGACAUCGGAAGAAUGACAAUCAAAGGAAACGCUAUGUUCAUGCUUGGCUCUCUUCGCUUGCUUUUUGUAGGCAUCCAAUAAAUUGUCCUUUGUCACCAAACCUGAUGUCUCCACAAGAGUUUCCAACUCAUCCGGGUCCAUGAGCUGUAGCUCAACAUGGUCUCGAACCAAAGUCUUGGCAGGAUCUUGGCGUCUUUCUUUUGUUUCAUCAGAAAAUGAGGGUUCACUUUUGGAUUAGGAAUGGAUCAGUUCGAAGAGCUUUCCAUUGCUCAACCUUUUCUUUGCAUCUUCAAGGAUGGCUUUGAGAAUUGUGCCCGAAAUGUUCCCCAGCACAAUUCCAGGCCAAACUUCAGUAAUACCAGAGACCAUGCUCCAAGCUUGGCUUGCCAGUUCCUCCGAGAUUUCGGGUGAUGCUUCCUUGGAUGCUGCAAGGAUAGCAAAUGCCAGAGAAGGGUUUUUCUUCAUCAAGGCAGCAAGGCACUUCUGAGUGCUUUGACAAAGGCCUGGCAAUCCAACAUACAUUGCUGCUUCUGUCAACGAAACCAAGGUAUUGAAUUCUUCCAUUUGAGCGACAGAAACUCCAUCUCCAUUGCACGUUCCAAAGACAAUCUCCGGAUGUUUGGCUAGAAUGUUUUCUAGAAUGAUGGCUGUAUCAGUAUGGAUAUACUCCACAAUUGCCUUCAGAAUAUUGCUGGGAAAGUUGAUUGGGACCACAUCAUCAGAGGAUUCCUUGAAGCCACCCUUUUUGAACAUUGUCUUGAAGUAGCUACUGCGGACCGACAACGCCAUUCGAUUUGCCGGCACCAACACUCCAUCUUUUCCUUUGAGAGAUACAUCAUGAUACUCUUCAUCUGCCAACAAAGCAAAGGCUUGGGAGAGUGGUACAGUACCUCGAUACUCAUAGUGUUUUUUGCGUUGGACAUCGUCGCUUGGAGGGAUCGAAAGCGAAAGUAUUGGAAAGAGAACAAGGUUGUCUUCGAGUGCAGUGAGUGAUGUGAGAGCUUUCAGCAAACAGCGAAGGAGCGAAACCGUUAACCAGCAGAGCUACUGAAGGCGUCGACAACCUCGCACAACGGAAGCUACCGCUACCUGGUACCGGUCUGUUACUUGUAUAACAAUUCUGCAGAAUCCCAAAACAGGUCCGUCCAGAAUAGAAGAUUCAGAAUGAACAUACGGUAGGUAUUGUUACUCUUUUAAUAAGCUCUGACAGGUAGACAGUAAGAUGUUCUCCAUGGAAUGAAUCUCUCUCUCUCUCUUUAUCUCCUAUGCACAUCUUCCCUUGUACAAACAGAAAGAGAAUCCUCCCAAAAGAGCCAUACGAGUCUUCAUCCGAAGGAGUACCAGUAGAUUGGGAUCACGUUGCCUUUGCUUGUACCGUAAGAUAGAUUGAUGAUACCCUCAUUCAGACUUCCUCUUUGACAUCUUCUUGCACUACCACCGCAGUUGCCGUAAAGUGUUCUUCAUUGUAUCGUUCCGCAUGCAAUUCCAGACACGUCUUGUCAUUGUAAGCCCCGUACUUGCUGGUAUCGACCCGUGGAGCCGAUCCUGACGAACAGAGCGGGACACCAAAGAGUUGUCCAAUAUUGGCGGCAAUCUUGAUGCGUGUUUGACAGUCUUCAUGAGAGCAUUCGUACCCCGUUUUGCGCAUACAAAUGACACAACGACGUCGUUUCCCCACCCUCAAUGCCAUGGUGUCGUGUUCUUCGCCACAUGUGGAUGCCUGUCGUUGUUUUUUUCGCAAACGCUGUGGUGUGGCGGGAACAUACGCCGCAAUGGAGGCUUUAUAAAUACAUAAUAUCCAGUGAAACAGACAAAGAGAAACUUGAGGAUUCUUUUGAGACGUGAAAAGAUGCAGACUUCUCCAACCGUGUGUAGCACAACCAAAAAGACAUGGAGAAAGUAACACUUGUCCUUACCACCAGCCCCUGGGGCAGCGUUGGCCGAAGCCGCCAUGGCAGCCUUGUAUUCCUCAAUGCUCAGAGUGUUUGCUUUGCCUUUACGCUUCCCAGUUGCAGCAGUAGGCACUGCAGCAGGAACCAGUUGCUGCAUGGAUGCUGCUGAUUGAUCAAGUGGAGUGGAUGAAUUGGGUGGAGGAGAAUCCAAAAAGAAUGAGAAUACAACUCACAAUCCAUCCAUCAAAUCAGCAACCCAAGGCCAUUACUAUCAUAAACAAACUCACACUUUGCUGCUUUUGGUGGUGGUUGUUCCGCAGGUGCCACAAUUUUGAUGGGAUCAUCGUAAAUGGCCAUGAGUGGAAGUUCCGAAUUGGCCGCCAGUGGCACGGCACAUCCUCCCGCCGUGACGGACGAAUGAUAAACUUGACAACACGGUGCCGAAAUGGAUUCUAGUUCGACGUAUUCCUGCUUGACGAGCUUUUUCAAGGCGUCGACAUUGCGGGGUGUCGCAAACUCCGAGGGUUGUCCGAUCUUGCGACUCCCCAACAAGACUUGGACCCAGACGGUGCCACCUUUGGGCUUUUUAUUGUUGUCGUCGUUCGGGUCGUCCGCAUCACAGACCGCCGUGGCAGCCUCUUCAAAGACAUCAAAGGGCUUGGGGCUGGGAGGAUCCAUAAUAUCUGCGGUGCGGCAGAAGGGGGUGUUGGUGGGGAGUCAAAAUAGAAGAAAUGUUGAGGGGGGUUGAUGUGAUGUGCCAUGGUGGUGAAGGAGCGAAGAAGCGUUGGGGUCUUUUGGGUCUUCGCUGUUUUUGUGGUCAGUCCCCAUGACGUGUGAUUGAUGACUCACGACAAGAUCUUCCAUGUCAUUGGAGGUGUUGGACGCAGUUUGGCCCGAAAGAUCGAUUUUGUCAUUGUUUCCCUCCAACGACCAUAACACACUCCUCUUCUUCUUCUAACUAAUCCAUCAACAUCCCAUCUAUCAGUCUAUCUACCUACUAGUAUCUUCUGAUUAUCACCAUUGUCACCAUGAGCGCUACUGCUACUACUUCCACUUCCGCCAACUCGGGCGGCCCCACCAAGAAGCAAAAGAAGGGAGGUGGCUACCAGACUCCUUGGGUGGAAAAGUACCGUCCUAAAACGUUGGAUGAUGUGGUGGGCAAUGAAGAGACGUUGGUCCGACUGCGCGCCAUUGCCAAGGAUGGAAAUGUCCCCAAUCUCAUUCUCAGUGGACCUCCAGGGACAGGAAAAACUACCAGCGUGCACGCAUUGGCACGAGAAUUGUUGGGAGAUGCCUACAAGAAUGGAGUCUUGGAAUUGAAUGCAUCGGAUGCUCGUGGUAUUGAUGUGGUCCGCAAUCGAAUCAAGAGUUUUGCCAUGAACAAGGUCACUCUGCCUCCUGGACGGCACAAGAUUAUCAUUUUGGAUGAGGCUGAUAGCAUGACUGGCGCCGCCCAACAAGCGCUUCGACGAACGAUGGAAAUCUAUUCCAAAACGACCCGUUUUUGUUUGGCAUGCAAUAUUUCGACCAAAAUCAUUGAAGCCAUUCAAUCGCGGGCUGCCAUUUUGCGGUAUUCCCGUCUCACCAACGAACAAGUGUUGAGUUGUCUCAUCAAAGUGGCCGCCGCCGAAAAAGUGUCGUACACCAAUGACGGAUUGGAAGCGCUGUUGUUUACGGCCGAAGGAGAUAUGCGUCAUGCCCUCAACAAUUUUCAAGCGUGUACGAGUCGCGGAGGAGUCGUCAAUCAAUCGACGGUCUUUUUAGUGUGCGAUCAACCACAUCCCAAAAUAUUGGGCGAAAUCAUUGCGGCGUGCCAACAAGGAAAUACGGGUCCGGCCGUGCGUCAAAUGAAGGAUUUGUGGAAGACGGGUUAUGCGGCCAGUGAUAUUAUCGGGACGUUGUUCAAAGUGACCAAAUCGAGCAAGGAUCUACCGGAAGCAUUGAAAUUGGAAUAUCUUCGUGAAAUUGGGUUUACGCACAUGCGUGUCAUUGAUGGAUGCAAUACGUUGUUGCAAUUGUUGGGGUUGAUUGGACGAUUGUGUCAAAUAGCCGCGGUGGACCAGAACAACAAGGAGAGUCAGUAA